UUGAAUGGUGUGGCCGAUUUGAAGGGCUUCUGUUUUCUAUGCUUUUGCAUUUGUACAUUGGGAGUGGGCAAUUAUCUCAUUAUGGGAAUACUGUCCAGUAGAGACAGGCGGUGGACUCAUUAGGUUAAUAUCGAGAGUCGGUCAGAACACGUUGCAGUGCGAUGAGUGCGGACCGUUGUGGAGGACAGUGUGAGACCCGGGCUCCGGUGGCCGGUGUAGCCAGGGCCGGGGACUCGCUACCCGGCAGCCGCCCACAGGUGAUACACAGCGGGCACUUCAUGGUGUCGAGGCCGCACGGCGACAGCAUAUACAGCGACUUGGAGCAGCAGAGUCUUCGGGCGGAGUGCCCGAACUCUCGGAGCAGCGAGCCCAGCUUGAGCCGCCUGCUGGAGUGCAUGAGCCUGGCGUACAGUGGAAAGCUGGUUUCUCCAAAAUGGAAGCAAUUCAAAGGCUUGUCACUUCUAUGGAAGGACAAAAUCCGUCUGAACAAUGCUAUCUGGCGAGCGUGGUUUACACAGUAUGUACAAAAGAGGAAGAAUCCUGUGUGUGGGUUUAUCACUCCCCUGGAAGGGUCUGAGGCUGAUGAACACCGUAAACCAAAGGCAAUUGUGUUGGAGGGAAACUACUGGAAAAGGCGGAUUGAGGUUGUAAUUAAAGAAUAUCAUAAAUGGAGGAUCUACUUUAAAAAACGAUUACCCAAGAACCGUGAUGAUGGCCUGUCUAGCCUGGUAAAGCAGGAUGUCGUCACAAAGAAUGUGCAGAAAUGGUCAAGUGAAGAUCUCCAGGAUUCAGUAUCGAUGGAGGAGGUAGAUCCAGUUCUCUGUGAUUUAGAUGAUCUUUUCUCUGAUAUCUCAGACACAUUGUUUACCACAAUGGAGAAGACAAAGCCAUGGCCAAAUGCAGUGUACACCAGCAAUGCUGACAUCAUUCAACCAGACCUCACUCCUUUACAGCCUAAUCUGGAUGGGUUGAUGGAUGUACAAGGUUUCUUCAGUGGUCCCCAUCAUCCACACCCAGCCAAUUCCUUUCCAGAGCACAGUCACCUUUCAAACUUCCCCAGCAACCCCUUUGGACCAGUAACCUUCACUGGCCCAACAGAAAAUAUACUGCAUGGCAAUCAUCAUCCACAGGUAGACAUCCUCUCAGAUCCUGGGUUUACCCUGACCAUUAAUACAGCGGCAAUCUCCAACCAGUUUUUCCCUGGGUCCACAGUGUCUGUUGACAGCCAGAGCGUUAUUUCUGGCUCAAAGUUCCAGCCACCAGCGCGUUAUGAACAGAGACCAAGUCAUCUACUUCCAGAGAGCAUCACGGCUCAGUCACCUUGCAAAUCUUCCUAUUGGAACACAAUUCUGUCUGCACCAAGUUCUGCAGUAAUCAGCCAGCAAGAACCAUUACCUUGUCCAAGGCCUCUCCUGAAUCCAAAAUACAGAUCUGGAACUGAUGUGUUUCCCCCAGUCAUCACUGACUCUGCACCAUCGCCUUUCAGCCAGCAAUGCUCAGCUUUCACCUUUCCUGCAGCCAUGAUGCUGUCUCCUUCAGACACCAGUCCAUCAUCCUCUGCAACAGUCCCUUCUGUUCAACUGAAGCCUCAGACGCAGCAAGUCACUUUAACCCAAGUGCAGUCACUCCAUUCUGUGUCAAAAUGGAAACACAAGCCCACAAACCCAGAAGAAGAGUUAUUUCCCUCAACUGUAUCUUCGCAGUCUCAAGACUUAAUCCAGCUGCUCUCAGCAGAGAAACAAGAAGAUGGACGAUUAGCACAGUUCAUUGUCAGCUGUGACCUUGCCCCUUCACCAUCCAGCUGUCUGACCAGUGCACUGUCAGAUUUCCCAGGAACUACCUUGAUGAAACCAACUGAGCACGUCUUUUUAGAGCCGUCUGCACAAUCCAGUACAUCACCCUCUGUCCCUUAUGUUUAUCCAAAGACAGAGAGGUUAUCACCGAGCUCAAGCUGCAGUGAAAAUAUUCCAUCAUCUUCACUUCCAGAUCACAAAUGUCGCUCAGGGAAAGUGUCACUCAAUGAACCAGGAGAAUGGGGUUCAGUGAAACAGUCAACAUGUUCCACUACAAACAGGACAAGGCCCCAAACAAACAAGUCUGUGACAAGACAGAUCGUUCACAUCUCUGCGGAGCAGAAGAGGCGUUUCAACAUCAAACUAGGCUUUGAUACCUUGCACAGUCUGGUGACAUCCCUUGACUCACAGCCAGCUGUGAAGGUCAGCAAAGCCACAACACUUCAGAAAACAGCUGCAUAUAUCACCAAGCUACAGCAAGAACAGACACGGACACAGGAGGAGGCACAACGAAUUCGAGAAGAUAUCGAGAAGAUCAACACUGCAAUCAACAUCUGUCAGCAGCAGCUACCUGCUACUGGAGUACCCAUCACUCAGCAAAGAUUCAGACAGAUGAGGGAGAUGUUUGAUGAGUAUGUGCGUGUGCGGACAUUGUCCAACUGGAAGUUCUGGAUUUUCAGCUUCAUUAUCCGCCCUCUUUUCGAAUCAUUUAAUGGGAUGGUUUCCACUGGUAGUUUGGAUGAUCUUUAUCAGUCAGCUCUGGCUUGGCUGGACCAACACUGCUCCCUCCCUGCAUUGAGAGUCACUGUGCUGAACUCCCUUCGACAAUUGAGCACCUCUACGUCAAUCCUAGCGGAUCCAUCCCUAGUCCCUGAACAAGCAAUUGUGGCCGUGAGGAAUCCCAGUCAUUCUUAAUGACAGAUCCAGGCUCCAGCAACUCUAUCAUUUGUGCAAUGUCCUUGUAUUGUCUUCACAGCAUUCAGGGUUAAAGUGUCACUGUGUUCGACUAAUCUCUGUCUGUCUGUCACUGAAUGUUUUGAUACAAUUGCUCUUGUAACACAUAGCUGUCAUAAACCAUUUUGAAGCUUAAACCUCAAUGAAAAUCCUGACAUCAGAUUUUAGUUUGUGGAAGAAGCUUUUGGUUCACAUUGGCAGGGAACUGGGAAAAAUAUCCUGCAGAUGGUGCAUCUUGCAUUUAGGAGCAGAGAAGCUCACAUCUUAAAGGGUUAUUGUGCUCAACAUUUCUCAGUUCUUACUCCUCUGAGUUGCUACUGUUUGAGACCACUCCAAUGUCUCAGGGAUGGGAGGAUCAUGUUCCAGAGAGUGAGAAUUAUUUUUGUUGCAUUCACUUACAGCACCGUGAUAGCCCCCUAGGUAUCUAAGUUGUGGGAGAGGAAGAGCUCAGUUCCUACUGAUCCACAUACAAAAAAGCCCAGAGAGAUGCAUCCAUUGUGUGCACAGUACAGGCUGUCCCUGUGAGUACAGGCUGUCAUGGUGAGUACAAGUUGGCCCUGUGAGUACGGGCCAUUGCUGAGAGAACAUGCUGCUAUUGUGAGUACACGCCCUCGUUGAGAGCACAGGCUGUCCCUGUGAGUACAGGCUAUUGCUGAGAGAACAGGCUGCUACUGUGAGUACAGGCCAUUGCUGUGAGUACAGACUGUUACUGUGCGCACAGGGUGUUACUGUGAGUUUAGGCUGUUCCUGUGAGUACAGGCCGUUACUGUGCGUACAAGGUGUUACUGUGAGCACAAGCCGUUACUGUGCAUACAGGCUAUUACUGUUUGUACAGGGUGUUACUGUGAGUACAGGCCGUUACUGUGCAUACAAGGUGUUACUGUGAGUACAAGCCGUUACUGUGCAUACAGGCUGUUAGUUUGUACAGGGUGUUACUGUGAGUAAAGGCUGUUACUGUGCGUACAGGCCGUUACUGUGUGUACAGGCCGUUACUGUGCAUACGGGGUGUUACUGAGAGUAUAGGCUGUCCCUGUGCACACAGGGUGUUACUGUGCAUACAGGGUGUUACCAUGCACACAGGCGGUUACUGUGAGUACAGGGUGUUACUGUGCUUAUAGGACGUUACUGUGAGUACAGGCCGUUACUGUGUAUACUGGCCGUUACUGUGCAUACAGAUGGUUACUGUGCGUACAGGCGGUUACUGUACGUACAGACCAUCAGUUUGAAGCUAGAUGGCAGCUGUUGAGGCAGCUCCAAUGGAAUGUUCAGGUUGUAGUUUGAGACUAUAACAGAGUGCUGAGAUAGUGACUGUGUGACCAGCUGUGUGAACAGUCCCUCCCUGUUACAGGGCAGUGUGAAUUUCUGGGGUUGCUCUCCCACAACUUUAGGGCCUGUCCAGCAGGAAACAGUUGUCAUGUUCAGUUUUAUAUUCUUCCUGUCAACAUGGACCUCAAAUUUUCCAAUGUUAUAGUAGCGGAAAAGCAGAUGUGAGACCACAAUCUUAUUGACUAGUGGAGCAGGCACAAGGGGCCUAAUGGCCUACUCCUGCUCCUUUACUCAAUCUGCCAAUCUUUUUCCCCAUCCAUAACUCCUUGCAGACAUGAUGUAUCUUCACAGCUUGCUUUCCUACCUUUACAUAUCAUCAACAAACUUAGCUUUUAUAGUCAGUUCCUUUUUCCAUUAUUAAUAAAGAUCAUAGAUAGUUAAAGCCUAGCAGUGAUUCCUAUAGAAAUCCAGUUUGCCAACCUGAAAAUGACCCAAUUCUUUGUUUUCUGAUAUUUAGCCAGUCCUUUACCCAUGAUUAUGUACCACCUCCAACAUCAUGAUCUCUUAUGCAAGAACUUUGAAAAUUACACUUUAUUGAGAGUGCCUUUUGGCAAUCCCAAUAUACUACAUCUGCUGCAUUUCCCUUUCUUCUUUCAGACGAAACAUGUUGACCCUGCCUGAUUGUAUUUAGAUUUUCUAAAUGUCUUGCUGCUAUCUGUUUCUUAAUGCAUUUACCCAUUGACAGAUGUCAGGCUAAUUUAUGCUUCCCUGCUCUCUGUUUUCCUCCUGUUUUGAAAAGUGAUAUUACAUUUAUGUCUUACAGUCUGCUGGGACCUUUCAAGAAUCUAGGAGAUUUUGGAAUCAAUGAAGUUUACAAUCAAUGGAACCACCAUCUCUGCUGUCAAUUAGCAUAGAAUCCCUACAGUGUGGAAACAGGCCCUUCGGCCCAACAAGUCCACACCCACACUUGCAGCAUCCCACCAAGACCAGAUCCCCUAUAACCCACCUAAUCUACACAUCCCGGAACACUACGGGCAAUUUAGCUUGGCCAAUCCACCUAACUGCGCAUAUUUGGGUUGUGGGAGGAAACCGGAGCACCCAGAGGAAACCCACACAGACAGGGGAAGAAUGUGCAAGCUCCACACAGACAGUCGCCUAAGGCUGGGAUCAAACCCGGGUCCCUGGUGCUGUGAGACAGCAGUGCCAACCACUAAGCCACCAUGUUGCUCGAAACUUCCUGUACAACUCUGCUAUGCAUCUUGGCCAGUCAGGUCCAAGAAACAUCCAAGACAUUAAUUCUAUUAGUUUUCCUAGCAGACUUUCUCCAAUGAUCAUGGUUGUCUUGCAUCCUCCCUCUUACCCUCUGCAUUGCUACUAAUCUUGGGAGGGUUUUCAUGUCCACUACUGUGAAGCAUGACUCUGUCAUGCCCUUGUUUCCCGUUAUUAAAUCCCCAGUCUCACCCUCUAAGGGAGGAGUGCUCAUUUCGGCCUCUCUUUGCUUUUUUGUAUAUUUGUAAAGAUGCCUACUGUCUGUUUUUAUAUUCAUUACUACUUUUCUCAUACCAUUCUCUCAAUUUCUCUUUUUUUAAAGUUAUCUUUUAUGCUUUCUAAAUUGGCCCUAGUUUUAUGUCAUGCCACUGAUCUUUGCAGCUUUGUGGAUCUUGCUUUCAAUAUGGUACCAUUUCUUUGUUGUCAGUACCUUUGUUACAAGCCCCCAUUGUCUUGAUAAUGCUCUAUACAGUGCAGGUACUAUCAGGGGUCCUGUAGACCAUUCACACACCUUUUUGCAAUUUUCACUCCUUGAUCCUAAUAAACAAACAUAUUUUCUCACUGAUCUCAUCCUUCAGAGCCAAUAUCUUCAGUGUUCUUCCUGAUUAUUCUAUCCUUGAAUAUUCAGGUCCUAGCCGUGGACACCUUGCAACCAUAUCUGCAUAAUGGCCAUAUCACACCUAUUUAAUACAAUUUGCACCACAGAUUUGUUCUUCCUAUGAAUAAUGCAUGUAUUCACUUUAGGAGCCUGUCUUUUAACUUUUCCUUCCCCUACAAUGACUCUAUUUGCUGGUGUACUGUCAUGUUUGUAAACUCUGUCUCUUUCUGCCAUACUCUUGUGCUCAUUUCUUUUAUUACUACCCUGAACUGUUGCCUUGACCUUUGUGUUAACUUUCUAAAUCACAUGUUAUAUGAACCCUCCCCUCUCCCAGCUAUGCAGUUUAAAGCUGCCUGUAUCGUCUCUGCACUGUGACGACCAGAUCCAUGCUCACCCGCUCCAAGUUUCUCCCCAACCCCGUGGGGAUCUCCUUGAUCCUGCCACCAGGUAGGCAACACAGUCUACAAAAUUCAUUUUCAGCUCCAGAGAAUCCACAAAAUAUACUGUUCCUUUUCACCGUCCCUACUUGACCAGCUCACUGCACCACAGUGGUGUGGAUGAUUUUUCUUAUAUUCCCUGCAGCCCACGGUGACAUCCACGUAAACUGCAAGAUUAUCAUACCUGUUGGGCAAGGGAAAAUUUGUGAUCAAAGAAGAUUGAGCUUAGAUCAUGAUAUUAAUUGAUUACCUUGACCUUUACCUGUGUUCUGCUAAAGUUUCAUGCUUACUAAUACAUUGUUAACUUCUGUUUAAGCUAUAUUCUUGGUGCCCAAGAUCAGUCAUUUGUAACUUCUCCAUUGCUAUCUCCUGGAUCUUCAUAUCUGCCUUAUUCAGUACUACACCUUUCUAUCUUUGAUCAUGGCCCAAAUCAGAAGUGCUUAGCUGAAGUGUUGUGGCGUCUUCUGGAGCUGCUUGUCCAGGUAACUGUCCGUCUCUAUGAUGCAUCAUGGUGUCUGCAGCUCAGACUCCAGCUCAUCAACUCUGAGCUGAAGUUCCUUGAGCCACAGACUCCCUGCAGAUGUGGUUAUUGGAGAUCACACUGGGGUCCACCACUCCCACUGGCUAUAACUGCAACACAUCACCUG